AUGUUCUCUAUGUCAUCUCACGUGCGGCACGGCCCGGCAUUCCCACGGCUCCUCGUGCUGCUGCUGCUGUUCCGGUGUCCUGGUCUGGCGUUCGGAGCCUCCAAGGACCUGGUGUGCGAAUCCAUAACUGUGCCCAUGUGCAGGGGCAUCGGCUACAACCUGACCUACAUGCCCAACCAGUUCAACCACGACACCCAGGAGGAGGUGGGGCUGGAGGUGCACCAGUUCUGGCCCCUGGUCCGGAUCCGCUGCUCCCCGGACCUGCUCUUCUUCCUGUGCAGCAUGUACACCCCCAUCUGCCUGCCGGACUACCGCAAGCCGCUGCCCCCCUGCCGGUCCGUGUGCGAACGGGCCAAGCGGGGCUGCUCCCCUCUGAUGAGCCAGUACGGCUUCGAGUGGCCCGAGAGGAUGAGCUGCGAGCAGCUUCCCCAGCUGGGCGACGAGACCCUGUGCAUGGACCAGAACAGCAGUGAGGCCACCACCCUGGCGCCGCCGUUCCCCAAGCCCACCUCGAAGGGCCGGACCAGACCCCCCAUCCCCCUGCAGUGCGAUAGGGCGUGCCACUGCCGGGACCCGCUGGUCCCCAUCAAGAGAGAGUCCAACACUCUGUACGGCCAGGUCCAGACGGGCCCCCUCCCCAACUGCGCCCAGCCCUGCCACCAGCCCUACUUCUCCACCGACGAACGCGCCUUCACCACCUUCUGGGUGGGCCUCUGGUCGGUGCUGUGCUUCAUCUCCACCCUGACCACCGUCGCCACCUUCCUCAUUGACAUGGAGCGCUUCAAGUACCCGGAGAGGCCCAUCAUCUUCCUGGCCGCUUGCUACCUCUUUGUGUCUUUGGGUUACAUCAUCCGACUGGUGGCAGGCCACGAGCGGGUGGCGUGCGGCACCGGCGGCAGCGUCGGCAGCGACCAACUGCACAUCCUCUACGACACCACCGGCCCAGCCCUCUGCACCCUUGUCUUCCUGCUGGUGUACUUCUUCGGCAUGGCCAGCUCCAUCUGGUGGGUGGUGCUGUCCUUCUCCUGGUUCCUGGCUGCGGGGAUGAAGUGGGGCAGCGAGGCCAUUGCAGGUUACUCCCAGUACUUCCACCUCGCCGCCUGGCUCAUCCCCAGUGUCAAGACCAUCGCGGUCCUGGCCCUCAGCUCGGUGGACGGGGACCCCGUGGCCGGAAUCUGCUACGUGGGGAACCAGAGUCUGGAGAAUCUCAGGGGGUUUGUGCUCGCGCCUCUCGUGGUUUACCUCUUCACCGGCUCACUUUUCUUACUCGCCGGCUUCGUCUCGCUCUUCCGCAUCAGGAGCAUCAUCAAGCAGGGCGGCACCAAGACGGACAAACUGGAGCGGCUGAUGAUCCGCAUCGGGCUCUUCACGGUGCUGUACACCGUGCCCGCCACCAUCGUGGUGGCCUGCCUGGUCUACGAGCAGCACUACCGGCCCGGCUGGGAGCGAGCCCUGGCGUGCUCCUGCCCAUCGGAGCGCCAGCGCUUAGGCGUGGGUCCAGACUACGCCAUCUUCAUGCUCAAGUACCUGAUGUGCUUGGUGGUGGGCAUCACCUCGGGGGUCUGGAUCUGGUCCGGGAAAACUCUGGAGUCCUGGAGGAGGUUUGUGGCUCGAUGCUUCCCCUGCUGGCCGCAGAAAGCCACCGCUCCACCCUCCAUGUACAGUGAGGCCAGCACCGCUUUGACCGGACACACUGGGACCGGGCUGACAUCGGGGAUCUACCACAAGGCUGCUCCGUCGCAUAUAUGA